AUUCGGUGUGGUUGGUUCAGUAUCCCGCCUCUGCCCUAUUAUUGGUGCUAAAAGCGUCCUUUGCGCUUUAAAUCCUUUAUACCGCAUCAAUUCAUCUGGCGGAAACGAGGAGGGGGCGAUGCACAAGAUGUCAGCCUCUGAUUGGCUAGUCGGGAUGGGCAGCGAUUUUGAAUUUGGUAGUGUUGUCUUUUGGUGGCUGGCUAAUAGAUGAAUGGGAGCGGCUUUCUGCCACCAGAUGCACGAUAAUGGCAAAAUUUAUACAAGCACGACGAAGACCAGAAAAACACAGAAAGAAACAGUGGCAAGUGAAGAAGUAUAAAUGUUCAAGACCCAGCCAAACACCGAUUCCAGAUCAAGUGUUAUCAAGUGGUUCCUGUCAUUUAAAGCUGCUUUUGGUUGGCGGUUUCACCAGCCUACAAAAUGCAGGGAGUUUUCUAGUGAGAGCAUUUCUUUAUCUGUACUGGUGGAGUCACAACAGCGUGAAAAAGCGCAUUAUGAUGGUAAAGAAUACAAUUUUCCCUCCACUCAUCUACCAUCGGGAACUCCAAGCUCUUAGAAAGAGGUUACAGAAACUUGAAGCAGAAUUAUCCAUGUUGCAGUCCACAUUUGCUAAUAAAUUUGAUGAUACCAGUUUGACCUAUAACGCCUGUUGUAAAUGUGGCAAUCCUAAACCCAUCACUCCUGCCAUACCUAUCCAUUCUGAGACAGCGAAACAAAGUACCCCAGCCUUACAUCCUCCACUGCCGCCACCGCCACCACCCCCUCCUCCUCCUCCACCACCACCCCCAGUACCUGUAACAGCCCUUCCACUAAAAAAGUCUACUCUUGCUCCGAAGAAAACUGAAAGUGCCAGAACACUUAAGGCCUCUCCUUUAAGACAAGGUGGACCUAUUCAGAUAAGCCUAAAAGACCUUCUUAAUGUCAGGUUAAAGAAAACAAGAGAUUGUGUUGGGAGACAAAAUGAUGGAUUAGAUCAGAAAACCAAACUUCCACCUGUUUCUCUGUCUGAGUUGCAGGGACUGAAUCUGAAAACCGCUUCAAAGAUGGCGCCUCGUCGGCUUGCAAACAUUUUCAAAGAAGCUUCGAAUAGUAGCCCAUUAGACUUAAGAAGACGACUUAAGAAGGUCAACAUGGUGAGGAGUCCUGGAGGAACACCUCUGUAUAACAGAGAUAACAAGGAAAAUGGCACCGGGCUAAACCCAUUAAUGACAAAAGCUCUUAAACAGAAAUUUCAGAUGGCUCAUCCGACAAGUCCAUCACCACUGCGAUCAUCUCCAGGAAACAGAAGCUUUGAAGAGAUGCCUUAAAGCUACUUGUUUGUUCCCCAGAGACUUGCUACUGUUUGCACUAUUUUUAAAGCUGUAAAGAUGUAUAUAUUUUUUAAUUAGGUUUUCCUGACAAUUUCAGUUUCAGAGUUGAUGGAUUGUUUAUUCUAUUUCAGGAUUCUGUUUUUGAAGAAAAAAAACUUUUUAAUCAGAGUGAUGCUGUCAAAAUGUUUUUUAUGGUUUAUAAGCAGUUGUGGAUAAUUACUGAAUAUAAAUAAUUCAUUUGAUCUUAGUAAUUCUUCGCUGAUUACAUAUAGGCGUCUGUAUGGACAGGGUUUUGGCUAGCUAAACCUUUCUCUGCAAAUGAAAAAUAAUACAGAGUAUCCUAAACCUCCAGCAACAGUUCAUGUUCAAAAAAAAAAACUCUGUCUAUAUGUAAGCUGUACCAUUGCAUUAGUAGAAGAAAAUAAUGUGGCAGCUGCCCCUUCUAUGUCUAAUUUUUUGUCUUUAUUGAUUUAUGGAUAACUUCCAUUUACAAGGAGAGGUUUAAACUUUAGCAGAAAGUGCCAACCAUGUUUUGUGGUUCUGAUUUUAUUCUCUUUGGAACUUUUUUUAAAUCCAGCAUGAGGGUCUUCCUUGCAGUUUUCAGAUAUUUUCACUGAUAACCACAGCACUUUGUUUAGAAGAAAACCAAAAAUCCCAGUGGCAUAUAUAUUUGCUGCUAUGUAGGAAAAUGUGUGAAAGCUAGGAAUUCCCACAAUGGUUUGUACCAGACUUUUGUAGAAGAAAAUUCUAUCUUUUAGUUAGAUUAUGCAUGGCUAUUCAGCUUGAUAAGCAUUUACUGUACAUCUGAAUUCCCUCAGUAACUGAGCCAGUUGGUUACACUGGCAAUAACUCACUGCCUCAGUCUUUUAAAAGUGAAAAAAAGCCUGAUAACUCAUUCACCAUUUUCAGGAACCCUGCUUAAAUAUUGUGGUGCCUAUGGUAAAUCUCCACUGAGCUAAUAUCUGGCUGUAUGUGCCAAUGAGAUUGCUAUUGGCCAAUAGCAUUUACUAAGGAUGCCUGCAAUCACAUCUAAGCACAACUAUUGAAAUAAGCCUAGGGAAGAAUGCAAGACUGUGGUGUUAAUAUUGGUUUAUUAUAUUGUUUAUUUGAUAUGUGUUAUUUCAUGGAUAGAUAUUUUAACAAAGACUCAAAUGCAUUUUUUCAAGUUUUAAGCAUGCUGAAAUGUUACCUUACAUUAUGUGGGAACAUGAGGCAGUGCUCUGUUCCUCUGAAAGGUAUAUGAAUAGAUUGAAUAGAUUCUCUAGUAGCCUUAAUUGUAUCACUUUGCCAAUAUAAAAAUACAGACUGGUGGUCUAAUUAAUGAAAAAGAUCAAAGGAGGUACAAGAAAUGGUCUUUAUUUAUUUUUGGGUAUAUAUAUAUUAGUAUAAAAAAGACCAGCAACUCCGGGAUUUCUUGUGAAAAAUCAAAACAUAUAUUCAAAGUAGCAUAAACAGCCGACGUAACGUUUCGGUCCCCAUCGGGACCUUUCUCAUAUUAUUUUAUAAAAGCCUGUACUGUAAGUAUUUUUGUGUUAUUUCUGUGUUCUGCUUCAUUUUUGUUUUCUUUUUGUUCUCUUUUGACAGCACACAUUAAAUGCUGCUGAUGUACAGUC